CCACCAUGCUCCUCCCCAUCGCCGCCAUCCUCGGCAUGACCGCUGCUCAGUCGUCUUGUGUGACCGGCUGCCUCACCACCGCCGGCAGCGCCACCGGCUGCAGCGACAAGUCCUGCGCCUGCUCCAACGAAAACUUCAAGAAGCAGGCUCUCGACUGCGUUCAGCAGAAGUGCUCUGACGCCGACGUGACUGCUGCCAAGGACUUGCAGAAGCAGUGUUAGAUUGCUAUGGAUAGGAUAGCGGUACUCUGUACAUUAUGUGCUGUUCGGCUGUUGAACGGUCGAUUUGAGUGAAUAUAUUAUUUAUAUAUCUAUAUCUAUAUAUCUGUUGUAGAUAGAUGUACCCCGGAUUGCGCAAUCCCGUUGAUAUUGUAGUCAUCGAUUUGACAGUUGAUCGAUCAUAUCUUAGUAUCCAGGCAAACAUAAGAUAUUGAUACUUCAAUUGAGUGAUGUACAUAGUCAAUAAUAGCAAUAUUAUUAUGGU